AUGGGUUUGCUCACCAAAGGAACACCGCUAACAUGGCAGGAAACUGUUCCGUAUAUUGACUAUAUUAAGAAACACGGCAUUGCACAGUUCAUUAAUCUUUAUCAUCGCCUGAAAACUCGUCAUGGUGAUCAGCUACGAUGGGGUGACGAAAUUGAAUAUACAAUUCUGAAAUUCGAUCAUGAGAACAAAAAGGUUCGCGUUUCUUGUAGAGCUGAGGAACUUUUGAACAGGCUACAAGCCGAAGAACAAGUGAACGCUAUUUUAGGAACUGCGAACAAAUUCUUAUGGAGACCAGAAUUCGGAGCUUACAUGAUUGAAGGAACACCAGGGGUUCCAUAUGGAGGACUUCUCGCUUGUUUUAAUAUAGUCGAAGCAAACAUGAAGCUUAGAAGAGAAGUUGUCAAGAAACUUCUCAAAAAGGAUGAGUCAUGUUUAUCCAUUUCCUUCCCUUCUCUUGGUGUCGUUGAUUUCACAUAUCCUCCGAUGAAAGCAGACGGAUCGAAUCCGGAGGCAGCAAACAGCAUUUUUUGGCCGGAACAGGCCGUUUUUCUGGGUCAUCCUAGGUUUAAAAACCUCACGAAAAAUAUUAAAGGACGGCGAGGAAGCAAAGUAGCAAUCAACGUACCAAUUUUCAAAGAUAAAAAUACUCCAAAUCCCUUUGUGGAAGAUUUCUCAGAAUUUGGAGCCGCAGAAGACACGAAAGACGCAAAACCAGACCAUAUUUACAUGGAUCAUAUGGGAUUCGGAAUGGGUUGUUGCUGUCUUCAAGUCACAUUCCAAGCAGUCAAUGUUGAUGAGGCUCGAUGGUUGUAUGAUCAAUUAACUCCUAUCACGCCGAUAUUGUUGGCGUUGUCGGCUGCGACUCCAAUAUUCCGAGGCAAACUGUCAAACGUUGACUCGCGCUGGGAUAUUAUUAGUGCAAGUGUUGAUGAUAGGACACCAGAGGAACGCGGUUUGGAGCCACUCAAAAAUUCAAAAUGGGUUAUUGAGAAAAGUAGGUACGAUUCUACCGAUUGCUAUAUUUAUCCAUGUUCUGUUGGAUACAAUGACAUUCCUCUUCAGUAUGAUGAUGAAAUUUAUAAACAGUUGAUCGAUGGAAACAUAGACGAGCCUCUGGCGAAACACAUCGCUCACAUGUUUAUUCGAGAUCCUCAUCAAGUAUUCCGUGAGCGAAUCGAGCAGGAUGACGAGAAAAGCAGUGAGCAUUUUGAGACAAUUCAGUCAUCAAAUUGGAUGAAUAUGCGAUUCAAGCCACCACCGCCAGAUGCCCCAGAAAUCGGCUGGCGAGUCGAGUUCAGACCCACCGAGGUUCAACUUACUGAUUUUGAAAAUGCCGCUUAUUGUUGCUUUGUCGUGUUGCUGACAAGAAUGAUUAUAUCAUUCCGGCUGACCUACUUGAUGCCAAUUUCCAUGGUGACUGAGAAUAUGAAACGCGCUCAGCAACGAGAUGCCGUUUUGAAUCAAAAGUUUCUUUUUCGCAAGGGCCUUGCUGAGUGUAAGGCGGCUCCGGAAAACCUGAAGAAUUCGGGAGGAGACUGUGGUGGACCAAGCCAGGAUAUUGAAGAGAUGUCGAUUGCUGAAAUCAUAAAUGGAAAAACGAACGGAUUUCCGGGCCUUAUUCCACUUAUUAGACAUUUCCUCGACAGCGCUGAUGUUGAUGUCGACACUAGAUGUACAAUUUCUCAAUAUCUUAACUUUAUUUCGAAGCGAGCGAAUGGAGAAAUUCAUACUCUAGCUCAUUGGAUCCGUGAUUUUGUUCAAAAUCACGAAGCUUACAAACAUGACAGUGAUGUGAACGACAAGAUUGUAUAUGACUUGCUCAAUAAGAUGGACUCUAUUUCGAAUGGCCAGGAACACUGCGAGAAGCUACUCGGCUGUUUCCGUUCAAAAACCAACCACUCAAUAUCCGAAGCUGUUCGAAAAGCCGAAGAGCACAUGAUUGUCCAGAGCCAGAAGAGGUCCCAUUAG